GUUGCAGUGCACCGAAUUUCUUCCAGUUCCAAUCUUAGCUGGCAGCAGGAUCAGGAAUAAAUAAUUCGCAAUUCACAGUGCAGCUGGCCUGAGUGUGCUUGUGACUUGUGUCCACUUUGUUAUGGUAAAAGCCUGUUUUGAAAUUUUAUCUGAACGUUGGCCGGAUAAACGUCAAACUUGGAAUUCAUUUUACUGCAUUCUGCUGUCGUUCUCUCGCGUUGAACAACAUGGCUGAAGCGAGGAGUGCCGCUGAUGAAACGGAGCCGAAGGUGGAUUAUUUCUCCAGCACGAAAGAGAAUACCUGGGAAAGUAGAUUCGAGAAAUACAAGCGGAAAUCUGUCAGAAAUCUCUACAGAACUCGGAAUCUGAUCAUGAAUGGCUUAUGGCCCACAUCUCCCUGGAACCUCUGUAUUGCCAUAAUAGCCCUCUCUCUCAUCAUGGCGAUCGAUGUCUCGUUUCUCCAACCUAUUCAUGAUGCCUUGUGGAGGGUAGCGAGAUCUCUCACCAUAUGCGAAGGUGUGCCAGAGUUCACCCAGGUGGCUAUUGUCUCGACAACAGUGGGCGUGGUCUACUUCAUCCUACUCAUUCACUUUAGACGUCUUCUUAUGAGGGCCUUGCUAACAUACAGAAGAUGGAUGUACGAGCCCCCACGUCAACUGAGCAACACCACCAAGGUGUGGGGACUCCUCCUCCGAAUGAUCUGCAGUCGCCACCCAACGACGUACAGCCAGCAAAUGUGCCUCCCACGACAGCCCGUGCCGGCCCUGGAGACCACUAUCGCCAAGUUCCUGGACUCUGUUGAACAUUUGAUGGAUGAGAAGGAGUUCCAGGAACUGAGAGAUCAAGCCAAGGCCUUUGAAGCUGGUGAUGGCCCCAAGAUGCAGAAACUGCUCCAGCUGAAAUCCUGGUGGGCCUCAAACUACGUCACAGAUUGGUGGGAGAAGUAUGUGUACCUGUCGAGUCGGGAAGCCAUACCAAUGUACUCCAACUACUAUUGCCUGGAUUUCUGUAACUACAAACCAACUUGUAUACAAGCAGCAAGAGCCGCAAUGGUCAUCUACCGCGAGAUGAUUUUCAAGAUGGAGUUGGAACGGGAGAAGCUCCAGCCCAUCUGGGUACGGAACACCAUCCCCAUGUGUAUGAGCCAGUACGAAAGAUGCAUGUCAACUACCAGGAUACCUGGUGAAGAAUGUGAUGAAAUUGUUCACUAUGAUCUAGCAAAGCAUGUGGUGAUCUUUAGGAAGGGUUUAUACUACAAGCUUGACACCCAUGAUAGUAAAGGCAAAAUGAUUUCAGCUAUGGCGAUGCAAAAACAAAUAGAAUGGAUCAUGGAGGAUGCAGACAAAAGAGAGGAUUCGGAAGAGGCAAAGGCUGGGUAUUACCUUGCUUCGUUGACGACAAUGAAACGCAACGAAUGGUAUAAGAUUCGCAGGCAUUGGUUUGGAUCAGGUGUCAAUGCGCAGUCGUUGGAGAUCAUUGAGUCCUCUGUGUUUACGUUGAGUCUCGAAACCGUAUCCAAGCCUGAUAUGAGCAGCAGAGGUAAAUACUCAAUGAGUGGCGAUGGAAGCUCCAUUUGGUUUGACAAGUGUUUUCAUUUGUUGAUUUUUGCCGACGGCAAAGCCGGUGUCAACGUGGAGCAUUCUUGGGGUGACGGCCUUGUCAUGGGUCACAUGUUUGAGUAUGCCCUCAUGGAAGAACACCUGGAUCCUUGCCUGUACUCGCCCGAUGGUAAUUGCGCCCCUCCCAAAAAACGUGAAAGUCGUACCGGUCUCGAGCCCCAGCCUAUGGUAUGGGAGGUAGACAAUAUUCUAAGCAAGAUUAUCAUGGAAGCAAGAGAUUUACAUGUUCAGAAAGCAGCUGAUAUUGACCACAUUGUUACAUAUACUGAUGACUGUGGAAAGGGUUUUAUGAAGAAAGUAAAGUUGAGUCCAGACGGUUUCAUCCAAGCUGCCCUUCAGCUGGCGUACUACAGAGAUUCUGGUCAGAAGCAUGCUCUGACGUACGAGUCAUGUGCCCUCAGGCUCUACAGGGAGGGGAGGACGGAAACGGUCCGCUCUUUCUCAAAGGAAUGCAAGGAUUUUGUCUUGGCUAUGGAAAACAAGGAGAUGACGAAUGAAGAGAAGAAGAUGUACCUUCAGAAAUCAAUUGACAAACAUCAAGAGAUGUUCCGUGGAUGUAUGAAUGGCGAGGGGGUUGACAGGCACCUCUUUGCUCUCUUUGUGGCAUGCAAAGGAUCAAACCUGGAAUGUGAUUUUUUGAAGCACGCCCUCACACUGCCCUGGACGCUGUCGACAAGCCAGAUUCCUCAGAGUCAAAUUCUUGGUCGGGUCAAUGUCAAUGCUCCAGGAUACAGGGACAAGUCAUGCCCAGGAGGAGGCUUUGCCCCCGUGUCGGACCAGGGCUACGGCGUGGCAUACAUGAUCCCAGAGGACACGCGUCUCUUCUUUCACAUUUCAUCCAAACACUCCUGUCCCAACACGGACUCUGGGAGAUACCGUGAUCACCUAUUCCAGGUCCUUGCUGACAUGAAAGCUCUAUUUGACUAACGUUUGCUCCUUCUACUUCGACUGCUAUUUCUACAUUUUCUUCUACUGCUACUGUUACUUGGCUGACUGGAGAACAUUAUGGCAUAUAGUCAUAAGGACCCAUGAAUGGCAAAAUGUGACAAUUUGUUAUGUUGGUGCCAGAAUGCCCUUAACACCACACUUACCUGCAUUGCAUGCACACAAAAAUGCCCUCAGCAGCAUGCAUAAGUGCAUUGCAUAAGGGCGUUUCUGCACUGUUGCGGUGCGCAAAAAAUGAUUUGGUAAGGGCGUUUUUUCACCAACACAACAAAUUGGGUCUACACUGUUAUGAUCCUUAUGUUUACUGGAUGUAGUUAAAUUUGCACAAGCAUUGUCGCUAUGUGUAGAGUUAAGGGUCUAGCGAAACGAAGACAAAUAAGUGGCAAUUCAAUCAUGUUAUCAGACAUCUCAAUCUAUACCUUGUAGAAUAUCAUUGUGCCAUAUAGCGUAAGGUGUAGAGGUAAUAUAAUGUAUGGUUUGUUUGUAUUUUGCUUUUGGAAAUAUCAAUGCACUUCUGUAAAUUGGUAUGUAUUGUAGAUUGUACAUGUUUGGAGACUUAAUGGGUAAUAUUAGUUUUAUUUUAUUUUUGUCUUUUCUGGAAUACUGUUUACAUUUUUAAAAAUAAAUUUGUGGAGUGGUUUUGCAAGAUAGCCUGCAUAUAGAUCUUGUGUUUGAUAUGUUACCCUUGUACCAUCAUGGUAAAUACCUCCUCCUUUCCUGAAAUUAAAUCAUUAAUGGACACUUCAUGUUCUCUCUAAGUGUUUGCCUUGCUACGAAACUCCCACUUCCCAGUGAAUUUUUUUUUUUUUCAAAUUUAAAGUUAAUACAUUAACGUUUUGAUAUGUUAGAACAAUGGCAUGUAGAUUGACCUUUGACCUGCUACCAGUGUACACGUGCGAUUCACUGAAACCAGCUGAAAAUAUGUUAUCAUUGAGAUACUUGUCAGAAAUGGCUUGAUUUGGUUGCAAUAUGAAUUCACCUUGAAGAAGCAUUCGUAUGAAGCAAGACAAUCUAAUACCAUUGCAGCUUUUAUUAGUGAUGAUACAUUAUGCUACAGAAAUCUAUGUAUUGUGGGGUUUUCUCAGUGCAACAUGUGUCAUAUUUUUUUAUCAUGUCAGUGAAUUGGACUGGCAUUCAACCCCUUUAAAGUAUUCUUUUAUUGAUUCUUCCAUUGACAUUUACAUAUGGCAGUAAAAUACUUAUUCGAAUAUUAACUGACAAAUAACUCCAUAUUCAAAUGACCUCAAGGUACCAGUAAAAUAGGUAAUCUAUAGAAUAUAGGCCUACACAAAAUUUAUAAAUCCAUUCAACUAGUCCUUUCAUGUUUCCAGAUAAUAAAAAAAGAAAAGUAAUGAACUCAUAACCUCAUGGUCAUGAGUCCGGUUGUAUAACCACUAGACCCUGGAUAUCAGGACCUUUAGAGAGGUCUUUAAGCCGUUAGUUCUCUGCUUCUGAGGCAGGUUGCCCACAAUGUAUAAUUUCAAUAAAUAUAACAAUAAAACUUACCUUAUAUCUGAAAACUAAAAGAAAAUUGAUCAUCAUUAUCCCUAUUUUGUAAUGUAUUAUCAACAUACCACUAUGUUAUCGAUUCCUAUGAAGCAUUCAUGUAUUUUAUUUGCAUUGUAUUUAUUUUGAAUGAAUUUGGGGGUUUUAUCAAUUGUUGCCAUGACUUUGAAUACAUAACAAAUAUCUCCAAAUGAGCAACUUUUUAACGUAAUGGACCAAACGCGUAGAUCAUAGGAAUAUUUAUUACCAAACGAAUGGUAUUCUACAUGUUUCUUGCUGAAAAUAUUAAAAUUAAGCGUUCAGUGUAAUCAUUGUAAACCUGUUUUGAAACCAAAUAAAAUUGAAUUUCGAAACCUAACAUGUCUACAUGUAUUUAUAAGCAAGCCACAGAAUAAAGAAAGCAACAUCCCACUCAAGAAUUAUUCAAGCUUGAACGGUUUGUCUAAUGACUUGUGAAAUUGACCAUAUUUAUUUUGUCAAGAUUUGUAGUUAUUGGUAGUCCAAUCUAUAUUGAAGAUUUUGUAAUCUGUCCAGAUACAUGUAUGCCUAUAUAGUGAAGAUUGUCAUAUUUCCUAUGACAAUUAUACCAUCUAAAUUCAUCUUAAAGUUUUGAAUUUAUAUGGUUAUGAUUAUGUUCUUGGUACAGAAUUAUUUCAAGUGUAAGGCAUCGGAGUCAAUGUUGUGAAAAGGUAUUCAUAGUGGGAUGAGCAGAGUUGUCAUGUGAGCAAUUGAUGCCAGGGUUAAGUUGCAUGUAAAUUUUAAUCAAUCCUAAUUACCAUGGAAUCCUGACUUUGAUUGGCUGUUGAAACAUUGUUACCAUGGUAAUGUUACCAUGGUAGUUACCACUGGAUGGCAAAGUUAGCAUAGUGGUUAACUCCUACGCAACGGGGCCAGAGAAAUUCUCGUAGAGUCAUAUUACAUUUCAAAUUAGAACUUUCCAUUUGUUUGCUGUAAUUGAGAGGUGCUCACUCUUCAUGAGCAAUUGAUUCCGUAUUAUUUAUCCUCAUCACUUCCAUUUUAUUUUUCCUUAUCACUUUUCUAUAUUUAUUUUUAAUUUGUACAUAUGUGGAUAUGUAUAUUUUUUCAUCUAUGUUCUUCGAUGUAAACAUGAUAGAAUAGAUGUUAAUGAUGUUUUUGGCAAGAUAAAAUUUCUUCCUUCUACACACCAUCUGGCAUGAACGCUACUUUAUAUCAAUUCUGACAUUUUUUUUUGGUGGCUAUCAUGGUUUUUAAAAUUGAGACAUGUAUUUCAAUGUUUUUUUUUAAAACUUACUGUUCAGUGCUAGUGAUUUUAGUAGUAAAAUGAAACAAUUUUCUCUGAAUAUAUAUAUAGAGAGAGAUGGUGUAAUUAAAAAAAAAACAAUCCUGUCAAGAUAAUACAUUUCAAUGUUCUCUGUAUUGUGCAAAUAUCGGGCCUAUGAAAAUGUCUCAUUUUGGAUGAGAUAUUUGAAGCCCUUUUUAUUCGCUUUUUUUUAUUUUCAUAUUUAAGUUACCUUUUAUUCUUCAAAUUGGCAUCAUAGGUGAUGUUCUUCUUUGUGUCAUUUUCCAGUGAAACUUUACGGACUAGACUUAGAUAGAGAUUGAAGGGUGUGGGUGUACAAUUGGAAUUGAUGUUUAGGAAUUUGCAUGUGAACUACCAGUAUUUAAUUUUGAGGUUUCUUUCACAUAGCAGCUCUAGUGAUUCUUGUGAUCUUUUUCUUCUUGAAAAAGAAGCAUUCAACGAGAGAUACUAAUGCAUUAAAAGUGAGCACAGUAUAUGUAGAUUUUUUUUUCUUGUAUAUUUUUGUACGCAUUUGGAGUUUUUCAUUAAAAUGGAUUGGGCCAUACUAAACAAAUUUGCUACUUUGUCCUGAAUGGCUGAUGAAAGAUUUGCUAUUUGACUAUAAAUCAUGAAUUUAUCAAUAUUUGCAUAAUAUAUCACUCAUCACUUCCCCUGUACAGAAAUAAUGCAAUGAAAUAUUUUUCUUUAAGGUUUCAACAAAUAUUUGAUAUGAUUUUAUUCUAUAUUUGAUCACAAUUUUCUUUUUCGUUUAGAUCUAAUGUUACAUGUUAGUGUAUUAGUUUUAUUUGUUUGAUUAUAAUAUGGUUGACUUGAUGUACAUUGUCAGAGUUCUACAAAAUUCAUUUUCAUCUCUAUAUUUCAGCUUUAUUUUCAGAGGGAGUAAUCGAUGCAGGUGGUUGAUUUUGGAACGAUUCUUUUAUUUUUUGUUCUCGAUAUGGUUCAGUGAAAAUUCUAUUUUGAUGUGUCUCUGUUUCAAUGUUGUGUAUUUUCUAUUUAGCGUGUAUCAUGCAUACUAUUGAAGUAUUCCCACUAUCAAGUGACAUUGUAUGGACCAGUUCACUA